CGGCCAUGCUAUCCUACCCGGGUGCGGAAAGCACCACCACAUGCAGCCAUAUUUCCUGGAAGCUUGUUAUCUUUGCCAGAAGCCCUGGGUCGGAACAAUGAUAUUUUCAUGUACAGAGGAAAUACGCCGUUCUGCAGCCAAGAGUGCAGACAAGAACAGAUGGAGAUGGACGAUGCCCAGGAGAAGAAGGCAUGGAAAACCUCUUCUUCUUCCAAGAAGGCGCUCAGGCAAGCUGCAACUGAAGCCGCCAAGAAGACGGGCACGGUAGCCGUGGUUUGA